AUGGCAUCAUCAUCUCAAUUUCGGAUCUUGAAGCUCCAUUCUCUCUCGCUUACCUCGCUUUUUCAAAUACUGCGCCGUUUCAGCAGCUCUGUUAAAGGACGAGCUACUACUUCUACUGGUGUUGCUGCUGCUGCUGGUUUCAAUUUCAAUGAUGAAGAAGAAAGGAAGACGCAGAUCCAGAAUCAGAAUCAGAAACCACCGGAUCCCAUACCAAACAGGCCUUUAAGAGGCGAGAGACCUAACUUCAAUAAUAACUAUAGCAAUAGAGGAGGUGGUGGUGGAAGAGGAGGAGGAGGAGAACCUAACUAUAACGCUAACAAUCCCCGCCGUCCCCAACCAUCUCAUCCGCCUCCAACAACCUCACAGCCCCAAACAGAUGAUUUUAAUAACAUCUCUGAUGAUGCUUCUUACUGGAUAUUUGCUACUCAUGUGUUGAUGAAUGUAUUUGAUCAGCAGUUGUCAUGUUAAAGGCUAUUGUGGUUCCAUUGGCUUGGCUAAGAUUCUCUUAUAAUAUUAUGAUAUAGUCACUUCAGGAGGCAUUGGGUAGGAUUUAAGAAGUUGUACCUGUAGGUCAUCUUGAAGAAUUGUUAGGAGAUUUCUGACUUCGAUUUGGCUCUUCAUUACAGUGAGAACAUCAACAAUUGUUUUUUAAAAUCUCUGCUUUGCGAAAUGCCACAUGUAAAUUGCCAUCUUCAAACAAUAUACAUGUAUUUCGUGCAUUUUGCCAA